GAUCCGAUGCACUGGCCUACAGUCUACUCUACCAUCGGACGGAUCAAGCCUCACACUUCACUCUCCUCCCCGGAGCCCGAUCUCCGGCCAUGUCGCUCCACCAGCGGCCGCACCAGAAGCCACCGGCCGCCGACUCCCUCCCCGCCUCCGCCUCCGCCUCCGCCGCCGCCGCUCCCCCUUCCCGCCCGCUCCCACUCCUCACCCUCCCCUACCUCUUCUCCCUCCUCGCGCUCCUCCUCCUCCUCGCCCUCCUCUUCCCCUGGGGCCCUCCCCGCGCCUCCGCCCCCGCCUCGCCGUGGCGGGGAUACACGCUCCAGAAGGCCGCCGCCUUCGCCGCUGGCGCGGGCAACGGAACCAUCGUCCUCGCCGCCGUCUCCGGGCCCUACCUCCCCUUCCUCUCCAACUGGCUCAUCAGCGUCCGCCGCGCCGGCCGCGCCGACCAGGUGCUCGUCGUCGCCGAGGACUAUGGGACGCUCGAGCGCAUCAAUGCGGCCUGGCCCGGCCACGCCGUCCUCGUGCCACCCGCGCCCGACGCCCAGGUCGCCCACAAGUUUGGAUCCCAGGGGUUCUUUAACUUCACCUCGCGACGGCCACGGCACUUGCUGCAGAUUCUUGAGCUAGGGUACAGCGUCAUGUACAACGACGUCGACAUGGUGUGGCUUGCCGAUCCAUUCCCAUAUAUCGUCGGGGACCAUGACGUGUACUUCAUGGAUGAUAUGACUCCUGUGAAGCCACUGGAUCAUUCACAUGAUCUUCCGCCACCUGGUAAGAAAGGGCGGACAUACAUUUGCAGCUGCAUGAUCUUCCUGCGGCCAACAGAAGGGGCUAAGCUGCUAUUGAGGAAGUGGAUUGAGGAGCUCAAGGAGCAGCCAUGGUCAAAGAAGCAGAAAGCAAAUGAUCAGCCAGCAUUCAACUGGGCUUUGAACAAGACUGCAGGCCAGGUCGAUGUUUAUCUGUUACCUCAGUCUGCAUUUCCAACUGGAGGUUUAUAUUUUAAGAAUAAAACAUGGGUAAAGGAAACAAAGGGCAAGCAUGUCAUUAUACACAACAACUAUAUCACAGGGUUUGAAAAGAAGAUAAAACGGUUCCGUGAUCAUGGACUAUGGCUUGUGGAUGAACACAGUGAUGAGUCACCGGUUGGUAGAAUAACCAAGAAGAAAGCUCCUCGAUCGAUGGGCCAGGGUGCAGCCAAGGCGAAAGGCAGCGAUCAGGCCGAGAGCAAGGCCGACGAUAAGGACGUGAAGACUGCGAAACCUAAGGAUGCUAAGGAACUCAUCGACUAUAUGGAAAAGAAUUACGACAGGAUCAAGGAUGUGGCAAGCUUCGAUGAUUUCUACCAUGUCUUUUACGAGCUCAUCGAAAAUUUCUGUGAAGAACGUGGGCAAUUGCAGUACAGGAUACCCAAAAAAGAUGAACUAGAGAGGCAGUAUGAGAAGGUGAACAAGAACGGCAAGCCGGGGGUGAACCUGAGCAGGAAGCAGUUCAUGGAGAUCGCCGGGCAGGUCAUCAAGGUGAACAGCUUCGCCUUCGGCAAGGCCACCAUGGACGUGCUGGUCGUCCUCUUCGGCGCCCCCGUGUGCGCGCUCCUCGCCAAGAGGGUCGUCCCGGGCCUCAAGUCCUUCUCCGACGACGUCGUCAUCCCGGCGGCCACGUCCGGCGCCGUCGUCUACCUCGCCAAGGCCAACAAGCUGUGAUCGAGCCUGUGUGGCGGCGAGCUGCUGAUCCGGUGAACGAAUCGCUCGAUCCAGACAGCUAACUUGCGGCGAGAAUAAAAAUGGGGGGAGUAAGUUUUAAAGUGUAGUAUGAAAUUGCGUUAUGGCUUCGAUUAAAUUUCGUCCAAGUUUGAGAGUGAGUGAAAAAUUCACUCUCUUUUAUGUGUGUUCACUGUUCACGCACGUGAAGCCUAGGAGAGACUUACUACCGGUUUAAUAAGAUUGUCGUGUAAGGUACGUAUGAGCCAGACUUUUUUUAAAAAAAGCCUGCAAAUUAGUGGUGAGAUCAUACAUGUGUACCAUAACUCAAUCGGUAUUUAAACCAUGGUAUCCGUACUUUCUUUAAGAAUCUGAUUAAUCAACAUA